GGAGGCGGAGGCGGAGGCGGGCCGCCCCGGGAGCGGCAGCGGGAGCAGGAACGGAAGCUGGAGCAGGAGAAGCUGUCCGUGGUGAAGAGCGUCCACCGGCGGCUCCGCAGGAAGUACCGGGAAGUGGGAGAUUUUGACAGUUGGCGGGAGCACUGCGAGGAUGAGGAACUUUGCGAAUACGCGUGGCGAUGAAGAACUUGCAGAUAAUCACUGGGCAAGACGUGUGAAGGGGAGGGUCGCAUUGAAUGGUGUUCCAGUGUGUGCCGGGAAUAUUUUCAAAAUGGUGGAAAGAGGAAAGCCCUGGAGAAAGAUGAAAAAAGAGCAGUGCUUGCUUCGCCUCGCCAGCCAGCCUUAAACACACAUGGAACGUCCAGAUUUGAAGAUCAUAUAACAAGUUUCAGCUUCGUAAACACGGAAAUCAUAACUCAGGAGUUACUACAGCCCUCUGGAAAGAUCAGACUACUUGAUGUUGGCAGCUGCUUUAAUCCGUUUCUGAAGUUUGAAGAAUUUCUGACCGUUGGUAUAGAAUCGUGCCUUGCUGUUGAGAGCGUGUAUAAAUGUGACUUCUUGAACCUGCAGCUUCAGCAACCACUCCAACUGGCCAAGAUGCUAUAGAAUGCGUUUUUAAAGCAGCUGAAAAGCCCAGUUGAUUCUCUUCCCGGAGAGCUUUUUUCAUGUUGUGGUUUUCUCUCUCCUCCUUCUUACUUUCCUUCACCUUACCAGCUGAUCUGUUGCAAGAAGGCUCACGAACUUUUAGUCUUGAACGGUCUGUUGCUCAUCAUCACCCCCGACUCCUCCCACCAGAAUCGCCACGCCAUGAUGAUGAAAAGCUGGAAGAUCGCCAUCGAGUCCCUGGGCUUUAAGCGUUUCAAGUAUUCCAAGUUUUCCCAUAUGCAUCUAAUGGCCUUUCGGAAAAUUUCUCUGAAAACCACAAGCGACCUGGUUAGCAGAAACUACCCCGGCAUGCUGUACAUCCCUCAGGAUUUCAACAGCGUGGAAGAUGAGGAGUUUUCCAACCCCUCCUGCUACGUCCGGUCCGACCUGGAAGACGAGCAGCUCGCGUACAGUUUCACGGAGCUGCCGGACGCCCCGUAUGAUUCCGACUCGGGGGAAAGCCAGGCCAGCUCCAUCCCUUUCUAUGAGCUAGAAGACCCCAUCCUACUUCUAAGUUAGUACGGCAGCUAAAGCGCCCCUUCCCGUUCCAGACUCCUUUAUGGCCUAAACUAAUUUGGAAUACUAAUACGGGCUCAGUACUUACGACGUGGUUUGCAUAGAAGAAUUGCAAAGGUUUACAGAGUUUGCUAUUUUUUCUACUUCUGAAUUUUAAAAUAUUAUUCUUGGUAUAGAAGCUUAAAGUUUCAUGCAGAACGAUUCCCAUCGUAGCAGAAACAACUGUUACUUUCUCUAGGAUUUGUAGCACUAAAAAUAUCUCACA